ACGGCCCGUCGCCUGGGAGUGCUGCGGAGGUGCGCGUGCGCGAGAUGCUGUCUAACGCGCAGACCGUCCCACCCCCCCCAAAAGGCGGGAGACGCCAAUUCCAGGCGGGGCAAAAUGGCGCGAGAGGAUGAGAUACGGGAGUUCACGCGCAGCUUCUUCAGAGGCCGACCCGACCUCAGCACCACCACACACUCCGUCGUGCGGCGCAAGUACUUGGCUCACGUGGGCCGCGACCACUUGGAACCCGAGGAGAAGCAGAUGCUGAAGCAGCUAGUGGAGAAGGAGCUCCUGCAGAUGCCGGCAGAUGGCGCUGCCAAGAGGGAAGAGAAGCUAGACCUCCCCAAGAAGUCGAAGAGGUCGCCCAACUCCUGCAGUGACCCAGCAAGAAAAAGGUUUCGCUUUAAUUCAGAGUCAGAGCCCAGCUCUGCAGCCUCCAGCCCAGGCUGCUUGGCCUCCCCAGCCCAGGAGGAGGAAAAUCCAACUGGAGCCUCAGAGAAAGUAGUUGACAGCAGUGAUGAAGAACCACAAAGGGACCUGAGGGCAAGGGCAGGAUCAGAAAGCAGUGAGGAGUACAGCGAAGGCAGGGUCAGGAAGAAACCUGGGACCAAGAAAAGGCAGGCAGCAGGCAAGGCUUCAGCCAAGCAGCAGACCAGGGAAGAUAGUGAGGACAGUGACGAAGAACCUGCCCAGAGGAAAGUGAAGAAGUCAGGGGGACACAGAGGAGCUAAAAGCCACCAGCAAAGUGAAAGGGAGGUGGAGGAGAUCCUAGCCAAGAAAAAAAAGAACAGCAAGAAGGAAGAAGAGGGAAAGGAUGUUGGGAAGCCCAGAGCCAAGACCAAUAAGGAAAGUUCAGCACGGAAAGGGAGCACCUGUAAGCAGGAAAGCAGGGCAGGGACACCAGAGAGAGAUUUGGGAGACAGUGAGGAAGAGGAGAAAGAGGCAGCUGGCAGUGAGGAUAAUCUGGAGCCUCUAGUGCAGACAAAGGGUGUGGACAGGACUGUGUGUAAAGACAGAGUACGAAGUGGAAGCAGUGAGGAGGAAGACAGUGACAUGGUGCCAGCAACUGCUGAAGGCACUGCAAAGACAACCCAAUUGGGCAGUGCUAACAGUGAGGACAGUGACACAGAGAGGGAGGAGAGUGAGGGUGAGGUAGGGACAAGUCCCAAGGGGGAGAGAAAGAACCGCUCUUCCAAGAAGAACUCCAGGAAAGGCAGGACACGAAGCUCUUCUUCCUCUUCAGAUGGAAGUCCAGAGCCCAAAGGUGGCAAGGCUGGCUCUGGUCGCCGUGGAGAGGACCACCCAGCUGUGAUGAGGCUAAAACGCUACAUUCGGGCCUGUGGCGCCCAUCGAAACUACAAGAAGCUUCUGGGUUCCUGUCGCUCACACAAGGAACGUCUGAAUGUCCUUCGUGCUGAGCUGGAAGCCCUGGGCAUGAAGGGCAAUCCUUCCUUGGAGAAGUGUCGGGCACUAAAGGAGAAGCGGGAAGAGGCAGCUGAGGUGGCGUCACUGGAUGUGGCCAACAUCAUCAGUGGUUCAGGCCGGCCACGUAGACGCACAGCCUGGAACCCUUCAGGAGAAGCAACAACUCCAGGGGAGCUAUACUGUCGGACCCUAGACUCAGAUGAGGAGCGGCCCCGUCAGGCACCCCCAGACUGGUCCCAUAUGCGUGGCAUCAUCAGCAGUGAUGGUGAGAGCGACUGAGCCCCCCGACCCCUGCCCUUCAGGAGGGUCCUUCUGCCACCUGUUCAAAGUGUACAUAGCAUCCCUGCUGAGCCUGCAGAGCUGGAACAGCCUUCUGAGAAGACUGAAGCCCCCAUGAAUAGUCUUGGUACACUCUUUGUCUUCAUGUUCUCUGUUCAGGGUGUCUACAGGGGUUAUUUUUUAACAUUCAAUAAAGGAAUGUCUGUAAUCACUUCA